AAGGAAAGGAUUUUGAUCAAAAGCUGUGCUUAUGCAACCUCAGGAAGGGAUGUGGUUAGAACUGGUCAUGGAAGGCAUUAAGAAAAUCCUCCUCUGACAUUCCCUCCUGUUUCUCAAGAAGUUAAGAGAGACGUCCCUUCAUGCCAUGGAUCUGUGUUUAAGCUAUUUGAUUUGCUAAAUGUGGAACAGAUCACAGUGAAUUGGUCUUUUCCUUGGCCCUAAACUCCUGGAGCAGCUCCAGAACUACCAUAUGGAGUGAUAUUCCCGUAACUGACACAUGAAUUUCUUCAUUUGCCUCCUCACCCUGAGAGUUGUUUUCUAUUUGGGUGAAGGUUUUCAGCAAAGUGCUGACGGCAGAGCCGGCCUUUUCCUGUCUUCAGGGGAAAUCACACAGGUGUCUGUGACUGCAGAGCUUUCCUGGUGCUGCCUCCCAAUUUACUGCCUCAAAUUUAAUUUGUAUUUUGAUUCCAUCUGUCAGCAGAUGAAAGUUCUGUCAGGACCAUGCCAGCCAUGCAGGUGCCACACAGGCAGCAGGGGGACUCCCAAAAGACGUGCUACAGCAGGCCCAGCCUUAACAGGCUUGGAUUAACACAGGGGAAUGGAUUUAUACCCAGCAAAGCUCCAGUUCCCCUUAACCCCCCUUGGAGUGUGUUCCUGAGCUACUUGAGAUGGACCAGUGAGCACCAAACCCUGUCUGCUCCAGCCUCAGGUGGGAGCAGAGUCGUAGAUGAGAAAUAUUUUGAAGGGACAGGAAGGACAGGCAACCAAAUCCCUAAGCCAGGGAAUGCUGGAGAGAGGUAGAAGGUGACUAAAGUUCCCCCCAGAGGGUCAGAGGAAGAAAAUUGUCAUGACUAGAGGUGCCCAGCCAGGGUAAACAUCUCUGUAGCACCAGCAGAGAAAGCUGAGCGUCUGCCAGGUAUGGGGGACAGAGGAUGCUGCAGUGCCCGGGUGGGGUGACAAAACAGGGCUCAGGUCUUGGGGCUGCCAAGUUCAGUGGUGCCACCUGCCCCUUUCUCAGCCCCAUCCCAGUGAGCUGAAAGCUGUUUUGUCUCCUCAGAUGAAAUGCUCAUCCCAGGGGCUGCCCAGGAGGGCACAGAACCUCUGCAGGGCUGAGCAGAAAGGUGAGCUCACACCCAAGCCCAAAGGCCACUGAAAUCCAAAAGGCAAACUCCCAGGUGAUCUGUGUCCCCAUGGGAAGCCUGCAAGGGCCCUGUCCCCAGAGGAAGGUGAUGUCCUCCCUUCUCCAGCGACUGCUGACGCACUCUGAGCUGCCUACACGGCGUGGGAUCUCAGAGCCGCCCUUGUGCUCUGCUCUUGGCCCGUCUCUGUGCUGUCACAGGGAACAUCUAUUUCUCAGACUGAAUGAGGACACAAGGAGGUGUUGUGACAGCAAGAAUAAACACUAGGAGAUUAGCCCAAAGGCGUGGGUGACACAUCCCUCAGGAUGGCAGGACCCACGGAAUGCCUCUGGGCAGGCAGCGGGUGGAACAGAGCAGGUGGGGUGGGAGGGAGCACAGAGGAAGGGCAGGAGAUCAAAUAGAGUGAGAGGCACCAUCAGGGCUCUGUGGGGGAUAGAAUAUUCCCUAAUUAUCUGUUUGGAUUUUGGUGUCAAGGCCUGCAACCAAAGGUCAGUGAACAGCAGGACAGCGAGGCAGCUCUGCCCAGCUUGUGAUGAGUGGGCUGUUUUCCCAGAGGUGAGCCCUGUGUUUUUGUUGAGCUGGUCACUCACAUGGGUGUCCUGACUGCUGAGCUUGCACUAACUCUGUUUGGGAUCUAGGUGUGUUCCAGAGGGAUCAGUGGGGGCUGGUCAGCCCCCUCCUGUGGGGGUUGAGCGAGCAGGGUGGCACAGCUCCCACUUCACAAGCUCUUCUCAUGCACAGGGUUUGAUUCCUGUGGGCACAGGGCUAGUGAAGUUUCACAACUGCUUCAGUCUGUGUGUGAGCAGUGCCUGGGCCCACAGGCCCUGUAUUUUCCUUUAUGGAUUUGACUCUUUAUCUUUCAGGAAUGGGACAGUCUCUGCUCCACACGUGCUUCAAAGAAACUGUGCACUCACAUCUUCCAAGCGCACACAGGCACUCACAUCAGUCCUUCAUGCCAGCAUGUUGUUAAACACCUCCAGUCAAACACCUCAGUUGCAUCAUUUGGUGAAGUAACAGGGACUUGCAUCUGCUCCAGGUCUGCUCCAUUACUUUGAUGUGACCCUGAGGUGGCACUGCCACCUGUGCUGCUGCAGGAACAGCCACAGGGAGAAGUGGUGGAAUUGGAAUCACCCUUGGAGGGUGGGAGAGCUGCUGCUGGGAGUCCCUUGUGAUUAUUCACUUUCUUUUUCACAUGGAUUUUAAUACAACUUCAAACAGGGAAAGCAAAGCUGGCUUUUGGAGUGCAGGCCUCUGCUUUCUGAGCUGCUCUGCCAUUCCAGCAGUGCCCCAGGAAGGCUGAACCAGGAAGGCCAAGCAGGCUUCCUUUGAUUGCCCUGCUGUGUGAAAUCUGCCAGCUGCGUGACACCCCUCCCUGCCAGCGCAGUCCCGGUGUCACGUCGCCAGUGUCUGCGCCUCGGAGAUAAGAUGAACUCACGUCGUUUUUUUUUUUUUUCUCCGUUAGUUUAAAAACACGUCCCUCAUCACCACGGACACAUCGCCAGCCUCACGCACACGAGGUCAACGCUAACGCACCGCUGCAAAGCAGGGGCUCAGCCCAACCCCCGGGAAGGCCUGCAGGGUGGGGCCAGGAUAAAUUCAAGGAUUUUGGUGUAGCCUUUGCUCUUGCUCCUUUCCCUGCGAACCCCCGUGAGGCGGCAGCGUGCUGAGGCACGGGGCGCGCGCGGCCAUGCAGCCGCCGGGGCGGGUGCGCAGGCUGGCGGUGCGGCUGGAGCAGGCCCGUGCCCACGGCGCCGGGCAGGCGCUGCACGGCCGGGUGCAGCUGGAGCUGCGCGGGGCGCUGCGGGUGCGGGCGCUGGAGGUGUGCGCCCGCGGCCUGGCCGCCGUGCACUGGCUGGAGAGCCACAGCAUCGGCCUCAACGUCGUCUACUGCGACUUCACGGCCUACCAGACCUUCCUGCACUGCCACCGCCAGCUCAUCCCCGACAAUGGUGAGGCCACUGUCCUGCCAGCAGGAAAGCACGAGUUCCCCUUCACCUUCCAGCUCCCUGAGACCCUGGCCACCUCCUUCGAGGGGAAGCACGGCAGUGUGCGCUACUGGGUGAAGGCCAAGCUGCACAGACCCUGGGCAACAGUGAAGAAAGCAAAGAAGGAGUUCACAGUGAUUGAACCCAUCGACAUAAACACCCCUGCACUGCUGGCUCCCCAGGCAGGUGCUAAGGAGAAACUUGCUCGUGCCUGGUACUGCAACCGUGGCCAAGUAUCUGUGACUGCCAAGAUUGACCGAAAAGGCUACACCCCAGGUGAGGUCAUCCCCAUCUUCGCUGAGAUCGACAACUGCACGAGCCGUGCCGUGGUGCCCAAGGCAGCCAUAAUCCAGACCCAGACCUUCAUUGCCCGGGGCACCAAGAAGCAGAAGAAGUCAGUGGUGACCAGCAUCACUGGGGACCCCAUUCCAGCUGGGAAGAGGGAGGUGUGGCAUGGACGGGCGCUGAAGAUCCCGCCCGUGGGGCCCUCCAUCCUCCAGUGCCGCAUCAUCCAGGUGGAAUACUCCCUGAAGGUUUGUGUGGAUAUUCCUGGGACGUCCAAGCUGCUCCUUGAAUUGCCACUUGUCAUCGGGACCAUCCCGCUGCAUCCCUUCGGGAGCCGCACCUCCAGCGUCAGCAGCCAGUACAGCGUCAACCUGGACUGGCUGAGCACUAUCCCAGAGCAGCUGGAGGCCCCCCCUGAGUACUCGGCAGUCGUGUCCAGCCCGGAGGCCGAGCAGAGCCUGGCUCCUCCGUGCCGCAGUGAGCUCGGGGACAUCCUGGAGGGUCCCUUCUUUGCCUACAUCCAGGAAUUCCGCUUCCGACCCCCUCCGCUGUAUUCAGAGGUGGAUCCAAACCCCUCAUCAGACACCAUCCGCCCGCGCUGCAUGACCUGCUGAUCUCGCGAAGGCAUGGGCUGUGUGACAGCGUGACAAUCCCUGGGGAUGGCAGCUUGCACCCUCACAGCACUUGGGUCUGGAAACGGGGACUGGGACCCUGACCCCGCUCACUGCCCUCGGCCACUCCUGCCGUGACUGUGCCACGGGCCCAGAGCCAGCGCGGCCAUGGUGGGAGGACACGAGGGGCUGGCGUGUGGAGCGGCUCCGUGUGUGCCUGGGCAGGACACACAGGGUUCAGAACUGCCCCGGGAUUUUGGGGUUGGAACAGGGAAUACGAGCCCAGAUUGCUCUCCCCUUGCCUGCAGUGCCACACUCCAAAAUUUCUGUCAGCUCCUGGUGUGGAAAACAGGAGCUCAAAGGCAUUUCUCAGGAUUACUGGAGAAUGUUUGGAUGGUGCUCAGGGCUGGGCCCCGGGGCAAUGCAGGUGCAGCCCUUCGCCUGUGGCUCACCAGGACUGCAGGUCCCCCAGGCAGUGAAAGGUCCUUUUCUGGCUGGAUGAAGUAGAGGGCUCAGCCACUGCUGAUAAUCUUUGCCACAAGCCUGUGGGUACCUGCGGGGGGAAUGGUUUGAGCCACUUAACCAAACUCUAAAAGCCUCCAGGGGCUGAUACAAGGACUCAGUGGGUGAAUUUAUGACCUGUGGUAGUGUUUUGGUGCUAUUUACUAAGAACAAGAAAGCUGGUUCAUGAAUGUCAGCAUCAAACCUGCACAGUGUGCUGGUGCCUGCCCAAGAUGGGGCUGAAACCAGCCCCCAAACUGUGGUACCAGCACAGGGGGUUGGACUUGUGGCAAGUGGCCAAGGGAGAGAGAGGGAAGCCCAGUCUAAGGCUGGUGGCAGCCACAGGUACUGGUGGGAAAUGUAGAGUUGGGAUGAAUCCUUCAAGGCUGGGAGUCCUUGAUGGCCAUAAAGGGCUCGGGGGCCCUGGUGGGGUGAGGACACAGCAGCAGCCUGUGCUCACUGGGGUGGGAACCAGGGUGAGAAGGGUGAACUGGAUGUUGUGGUGAGGAGCCAGGGGCUGACCCUGCUCACUGCAGGGGGACCUGAGCAGAGUUUGGGGGCCGAGGACCUUUGCAUUCCCUCACUGAGACAAUCCCUGGCCAUGCACAACCAAAGCCAGCGUGCCUUGGGCUCUGUGCUGGGGUUGCUCAGAUGAGUCUUUUCUAUCUGUGAACACUUUUGUAAUGACCACUCUUUGUCUCUACUCUUUUUGUACAACUUUUUGGUGGGGAAUUUUUUUUGUCUGAAAUAAAUUCUUUAAACCAAA